GCACGUAGUUGGUGGAUAGCAAUCGUGGAGCAUACGUGGCGAUCUUACAGAUAACAACAAUCUUCGUCUUCCUCGCGAGAGAAGGGCCAUCGUCAUGGCGAAGUUUUCGGUUGAUGGAGAAGAGGAUGGCGGUGACGGUCCCAGUAGCCCUAGGGGGAAAAGGAAGAGAUCCUCUUUUCGAAUCAACGCCACCGUUGAUUUUCCCCGCCAUAACGAACAACGCGAGCAAGGGGAACAACAGGGUUUCAAUUCCGACAAGGAAGAAAGUGAGAACGAUGAAGAGGAGACCAAGCGCCAUCGAAUUCACGAAAUAGAGGAACAUGCUCGACAGGACGACGGUAGUAAAAGAUCACUCUGCUCGGUUAAGUCGGGUACUAAAAAUGUGAAGCCAAAUGGCUCCGUUUCGAUGUUCUUGAUUGACCCAGAAGUGUUGGAUUGCUCCAUUUGCUGUGAACCUUUGAGCAUCCCCAUCUUCCAGUGUGAGAAUGGACAUAUUGCAUGCUCUUCCUGCUGCAACAAACUUAAGAAUAAAUGUGCAACCUGCUCUUGGCCUAUUGGCUAUAAUCGUUGUCGGGCGGUUGAGAAGGUUCUUGAAUCCAUUAAAUUUCCCUGCAAACAAUCGAAGUUUGGAUGCAAGGAGAUUGUUGGUUAUGGUAAUGAAAGUGACCACGAAAAGACAUGCCUAUAUGCCCCUUGCCUAUGCCCCCAUUCUGAUUGCAACUUUAUGGCUUCAUCUAAGCAGUUAUCAUUACACUUUAGCAAUAAACACACAAACUCUGCUACAAACUUCCAGUUCAAUUCUAGCUUCACCAUUUGCCUAAAAACUAAUAAUACUUACCGUGUCCUUCAAGAACAAGAUGAUGGUAUUCUUUUUAUUCUCAGCAAUAGUUUUGAAAAUCUGGGAAGUGUCGUUAAAAUUUGUUGCCUUCGACCUUCUUCUUUGAAGGAAGCAUUUUCUUAUGAUCUACGUGCAGAAACUCAGGAUCUCUCCCUAGUUUUACAAUCUUCCAUGAAGAACAUUCAAUCAUCAUCAGAUUGCUGUCACUCGACAAGGUUUCUUAUGAUUCCGCGUGAUUUAUUCUGUUCUUCUGGGAUGAUCAGGUUGAAUAUUUGCAUAUGGCAAAACGGUUCACCUCCGGUGCGCCAUAGAUGAAAGACAUUGGUGAGUCAACAAGUUUAUAUUAUGCUUUUUGUAUGAAUUUGUAUGUCAAUGUGCAUAGUGUAUAUAUCAUGGAAUAUAAGGUCGUCUUAAAAGCUCAGUUAUGCUGCAUAAUUUGUACAUAGCAGUUUCCCAUUUCCUUAGUUUAAUUUGAAUUGUACUUUCGUGGUCUGUGACUAUCUAUUCUGGUAUAUUACUACUACCUUAUGAACUAUUUUCAGAUGGAAAA